AUGGUGCUGGUUGAGCAUGGGCUCUUAGAGCCGCCUGACCUCUCAAUGAUCAUAAACAAUCAUGACCAGCUUCAGCCCACUCCCCAACAGCUGGAAGUUGCAAUGGAAAGAUCUCAGGAUUACUGGUAUCAUCUUACUGCAAUGGCAGUUACCCGGCACUGCAAAGGAAUUCCGCCUAUCUUAACGAGCCUUCGAGGCACCCUAAACUGCCUCCCCACAAUCAGCACAAGGCAAGGCAAAACAAUGAUACUGCAUCUUGAUUCAUCCCCGAGUGAAACACUUUGCAUUCAAGCCUCAUCUACCUGGCACAUUACCGGCACGGCAAAAUGUGGCGUUGUUGGGAAAAAGAGAGAUAUUCCCAGACUACUUCAUAUAGGCAGCCGCACACUCAUUCCAUGCGAGUUUGGCGGGAAGAGCUUUCAUCAAUGGCCUAGUAUUUCAGGCGAGGGAAACAGAGCACCAAGUUACCUGGGAAUUUUAGCCCUAGGCUGGUCAUACAUUCUCUCUGCUCGGUUGUUGAAGUUGCAAGUGAAGAACUGCGAAAUGGCAUAUACAGACUUGAAGCACACAAGGAUUCAGCAGAGCAAGAGCCACGGUUCCUCGUCGGUCACUAUUGAUAUUGGCAAGGUGGAUGAAGAUGUAGCGAGAUGGUGGUCAGCUCUCUUGGCACCUGGCCAAGGUUGGAAAGCCAUCAUAUCUCAACAGAUGGAUCAAGAAUGGGAAUUGAAGGAGCCGGUUUUCAAAGAUGUUGCUGCUUCCAGUCCUCCAUCAUUCAACAAGGCAUUUGAGUUCCUUGUGCAGUUCUCCCAACAACAUAAUUUGGACAGCCAGCUGCCUGUUGCUCUUGCAACAGCAUUGACAUUUCCUGCACACAACUACCAUGGCACUGCUAUUCAACUACCCCUUCCAUUGCCUCUUCCUGCCAAUAACCAUGCCCAACAGGGAGUCGACUCCGCCAAUUCCACUGCUCUGGGCUGGCCAACUGUGGACAAAGAACUUUCUUACUACAUGACUCUGAGUUGCAGCCUGGAAACACUUACAUCAACUCUUUGCGGAAUGUUCUGGGAGCCUACCGUCACAUGCAAUAUGGUGAGCCCGUGGCUUCACCCCAUCCUCCAAGAAAUUCCAGAAUGCCCAAGAUUUUCUUCCACUCCUGGGGCUCUACUACGAAAUCCUCGCAGUCAUAUGCAGCUUUCAUCAACCACAAUAUUCACCCUCUGGCUCGGUGCCGUUACCAGCGGGUCUGACCCCAAUUAUUCUUUAUCUAAUGAGGUCCAAAGAGCCGAUGUGUGGCGUCUUCUGUACCUCCCCCCUGUUGUUGACGAUGGAUUAUAUUAUAACAGUCCGCUGUUCACCCCGUGGGCUCCAUUCGGGAGCACCACUGCCGGCCAAUGUGUGUUGCGCGUUGCCGCUCAUCUGCGGUGCCCAAGGCACCAUCUUGACCAAGAGGCGUCUCAGGAAGCGUCGCUUGACUUAUUUCAAUGGGUUAUGAUUAACAGUGAAGGAACACCGCCCGAGAAAAUAUAUAGAGACGAGUGGCUCCAACUUGAAGAUGAGAGUGACAAAGAGACAGGUAUGUCUGAUGACAAAAACAGUGCGAGCCAUGCUUCAGAUGAACACUUAAAAGGACUUGAAGAGUGGCUUGACCAACCCACGGCACCCUCACCAGUCCCAAGCUUUGACAAAGGUGCUUGCAUGGAAACUGGUGCUGGCUAG